GGCGGGAAGUGGGGGAGAGAGGGAGGGGAAAGACGAAGCUCUCGCGAGACGGGAGUUCUGCGGCGCGCGCGCGCCCGCGCCGCGCUCAACGGCCGCCGCGGGAGAAUUCGAAAGCUCAGCCUCACCUCAGCUCAGCUCGGGGGGGCACUCAUACGGACGGGUUUUUCACGCUACUGAGAGUUGUAGGCUCUUCUGCAUGUGAGCCCGGGCGGUUGCCGUUAUUUGUUCCCCCUCGCCCUGCGCAGGCAGCUCCGCGUUGUUGGAAACGUACCCCGCGGAUCUAUCAGGAUUUCUGUGUGAGGGAGCGCUAGGAAAAACAAGACCAUGAUGAAACGUGAAGCAUUUUUGCAAGUUGUGUCCAAAGAGUCAAUUGAAGACUUCUUGCGUUAUACUCAGAUUCCUAAAAAUGCAUUUGAUCCUUUUGACUUGAAAGAACUACUAGAAGAGUUGCCAAGAAAGCAAAAAGAAGUACUAUGGGAGAGACUGAGUCAGCUAUUGACAGAGACUUUGAUGGAGAACCCUGUGGAAACAUGGCAGAAGAGAGAAGAUCAUGAAUGUGAAGACAAUAUGGAAGUUGAGAUGGUUCCAGAAAUGAAACAAACUGUAGCGGUGAUCCAAGGAGUGACAAAUGUAGUGACUGCUUCCAUACCUGUAGUGGGUGAAACUGUAAACUAUAAACCUCUUCUAGAAUGUGUUUUUGUAUUAAAUGGUAUUCUUCCUGCGUUACCUGAAUCUGAAAAAAUCCUACAGAGUGCUAUCCAAGGUGUAUGUGAAGUGUGGUGGGAGAAAGGACUGGAAGGGAAGGAGCAGCUAGGGAAGACUCUAUUUAUCAUUCUGCUAAGAAAAAGCCUGAAAAAAUCUGCUACGGGUGCAGAUAUAAUUCGCCUAUGGAAUCUACAUCAGACAUUACUUUGUUUUGAUUAUGAUUCAGAGGAGAGUAAUGAAGUCAAGGACUUGUUGCUUCAGUGUUUUAUGAGUGUAAAACACAUUAAAAAAGAAGAGGGAAGAAGAUUCUUGAGCUUUUUGUUCAGCUGGAAUAUAAACUUCAUUAAAAUGAUACAUGGAACUGUUAAAAACCAAUUACAAUUUUUUCAAAGGUCCUUGAUGGAAUACAUUUCAGAAGUUUACUUCAGGGCCUGGAAGAAGGUGUCAGGAGAAUUCUUAGAGAUACUUGAAUCCUGCAUUCAGGAUUUCAUGCAUCAUGGAAUUCACCUUCCCAGAAGUUCUUCUGUUCAUUCUAAAGUUAGAGAGAUGCUGAGUUAUUUUCAUAAACAAAGUAAAGUUCGUCAAGGAGUUGAAGAAAUGCUUUAUCGAUUGUAUCAACCUAUCCUUUGGAGAGCACUGAAGGCCAGAAACUCAGAAGUUCGCUCAAAUGCAGCAUUUUUGUUUGUUGAUGCUUUUCCUGUUCGUGAUCCCAGUUUCAGCGCUGAAGAGAUGGAAAAUGAAAUUCAGAAACAGUUUGAAAUACUUUUUAUUCUCUUAGAAGAUCCUCAUCCAGUUGUCCGCUCUACAGGGAUACUCGGAGUUACUCAGAUAACAACCAAAUACUGGGAGAUGAUUCCUCCAACAGUUCUUGCUGAUCUUUUAACAAAACUAACUGGAGAUCUGGCAUAUGAUAUAACAUCUGCUGAUGUUCGAUGUGCUGUUUUUAAAUGCAUACCGAUUAUUUUGGACAACAAACUAAGUCAUCCAUUACUGGAGCAGCUCCUGCCAGCGGUCAGAAACAGUCUUCAUGACAAUUCGGAGAAAGUGCGAGUGGCUUUUGUUGAUAUGCUGCUGAAAAUUAAGGCUACCAAGGCUGCUAAGUUCUGGAAAAUCUGUCCCAUGGAGCAUCUUCUGUCUCGUCUCGAAGCUGAUUCGCGGCCCGUGUCACGACGGAUAGUGAAUCUCUUAUUCAACUCUUUCUUUCCCUUUAACCACCCUGAGGAUGUGUGGUGUGAGCGCUGUGUUAAUCUAAUCCAGAUGAAUUCAGCAGCAGCUAGAAAGUUCUAUCAAUACGCGUAUGAAUAUACUGCUCCCACCAAUAUAGCUAAAUUGAUGCUUACUAUUCGGCGCUGCUUGAAUGCCUGCAUCCAGAAAGCAAUGAAAGAGAGUCUUCAUAAUAGUGAUGAUGAUGAUGAUGAAGAAGAAAGUGAAAAGGAGAAUACAAGUGUGUUGAGCAACGUGUUGUCAAUAGAUGAUGUGGCCUGCAUGGCAAGUUUAUUGGAGAUUAUUGUAAUUCUCUGGAGAAGUAUUCACAAAGCAUUAGAUCAAAAUGAAGAUGCCAAAGAUUAUACAAUCAGAAAAUUUGCUUCUGUACUUCCAGGAUAUUUUAAAGUAUUUAAGGAUGAGCGUUGUAUGACUCCAUUGGUUAUUCUGGCAUCCUUUAUGCCCCCUGCUGCCAUUCCUACGUUCAGCUGUAGUGUGAUCUCCAGACUCAGAAACACUGAUAAUGGAGCUGACCAAAGCAAAUACUCUACCCUGAUAGACUGCUUGUGUCGCUGGGGUCAAGUGGGACAUAUUAUGGAAUUAGCCUGCGAUUGGUUGUCUGACACAUUAACCUCAGGAAAGAGUAUUAAAAAGUCUGAACGACGAGUACGUAUCCACGUAACACAUGAAUCAAAGCCAGAAUUAGCGAUUGAUUACAUUGAGUAUUUAUUGACUCAUCCUGUUAAUCGUGACUGCCUACUCUCUGCUCCUAAAAAGAUGCUGGAGAAUCUUUUGAAAAUUCUCAGGACUUCAAAGGCGGUUCUUGGCUCAAUUCUGAAAGGAAAUGAUGGAGGUUCUGGUAGGUGCAGUCAAGCAACUGGCCUAAGAGCCUUCAGCCUCUUUUGCAGGUUGAGUAUUCAUCUUCAGAACAAGUUUUCUGAAGAAGGAAAAGAUUACCUCUCACUUCUGAAGGAGACGGGUGCUUGGAUAGAAAAUCAAGUUGUGCCUUUUAUACUAGCAAGUGAUCAAGAGGACAACAUUUCAAAACGCAGUAAUGUUGCUGAAUUAAUUAUCCAGUCCUACCUGACAGUAUGUAAAGAUGUCAUAAUGGUUGGCCUUGGAAAUCUCACGUUUCAAGCACACCUUUUAGAUAUGGCUCUUUCAGUUAUACAAACAGAGAGAGGUGGCUUUUGUGCUCCAGUGUUACUGUAUGCUCUAAAAGAAAUUAUUGAAGCUUCUUUAACUCAGAAUACUGAGACAGAUGAAGUGGCAAAUCUUUUCCAAGCUGUACAGACCACCUUCCAGAAAGUUUUACAAUGUGUGGCACGUAGUCUCAAGAAACGGCAGAAAGAAGGGAUUCAGUUGAUUCACUCUCUUCAGGUGCCUCUUGGAGAAUUCGUACAUGCAGUCCAGUGCUGGCGUUCAACUUGCCCAGCAGUUCACCAGGGUGUACUCUCCACCCUCCUGGCUGCAAUAGUAGCAGAGAUAAGUUAUGUGCUACAGAAGGCUUCCAGUGAAACAGACUUAACUAUACCAAAGACUAUUUCAGACCUUCCUCCUCUUUCAAGCAGUUUAAUGACCACAAUUAUGAAGUCAGUUAAAGUUGUCAGGUCAUUUUUAAAUGAAUUAAUGGAAUGCAUUCACUCUGAAGAAAUUGAAGGGAUUUUUAGUUUAACAGCUUCUGUCUGCAUUGUGAUUAUAAUUAAAGGUAAGCACAAAACUUGGCUUCUGAAGGAUAUUGCACCUGCCAUUCGAAGGAAACUGCUAACGUGCACGGAUGCUGCCGGGGAGGAAUCCAGCAGCACUGAAAGAAUCUUGUACGAAUCAUCUCUGAAAAUUUUGGAUGAAUUUUUGAAUCCUUGACCACGCAGAAGCUUUUGUCAUGAAAAUUAAAGGAAGAUGUAUUGUUUUUUAAAAAGGAUUGUUAUAUAAACUUAUUAAUAGUUAAAGUUUGGUUUUUUGCUAUUCUGUACAUGUAAAGCAGGCAAAAUGUAUAAAAGAGUGUAAAAAAUCAUGUAAAAGUAUAGAUUUUUUUUUUUCAAACACCUCUAACAAGGUUAUUCUGUAUAAAAAUGGUAUAUUUGGAAGGGAUAUAAAAUCAGUAUUUUUUUUUUUAAUAAAACUAAUACAAAUUUGA